UGCGGAGGUCCUGACGGGAGACAGACGGACGGACAGACAGCGGGGAUCGAUAACAAACCAGACUCGGUGGAAAAUUAUGACUGCAACAAAAGGCAGCUAGCUGGCUUCUUAUCUUUUAGUUAGCCAGAAUCGGAGACGAGCAAAUCUCGACAGCUACGAGCAUGGAAAGAAAAGGUGUACCUGUUAAGCGCAUUCUCAACAAGCCCCAGAUAGUCCGCAGUCUGGGCAGCAGCCUUCACACAGAUGUAAAUGCCAGCCACUCCCGCGGUGGAUGGUCGCUCCUGACCAAAGUGCAGCGCAGCAGACACAAGAAUCUCUAUGACAUCAACCAUCAGAUCAGGGCCAAACCUGAUUUAAACACAACACUACCAGUUCGACAGACAGCAUCCAUCUUCAAACAACCAGUGACCAAGGUGACAAAUCAUCCCAACAACAAGGUGAAGACAGACCCGCAGAAGGCUGUGGACCAACCGAAACAACUGUUCUGGGAGAGGAAGUUGAGCGGAUUAAAUGCGUUUGAUAUCGCAGACGAGCUGGUGAAAACUAUGGAUCUUCCCAAAGGCCUACAAGGUGUCGGUCCUGCGUGUUCAGACAAAACGCUGCUUUCUGCCAUCGCCAGCGCUCUGCACACUAGCCCCGCCCCUGUCACUGGUCAGCUCACCGCUGCAGUGGAGAAAAAUCCUGGAGUGUGGCUCAACACAACACAACCUCUCUGCAAAGCCUUCGUUGUGACAGAUGAUGACAUCAGGAAGCAGGAGGACCUGGUGCAGAAUGUGAGGAGGCGGCUGGAGGAAGCCCUCACAGCUGAUAUGUUGGCUCAUAUAGAGGACACCGUUGCAGAGGCAGCAGCCAACAAAGUGGAGGAGAAGGUUGAGCAGGUGGACAAGGACGAAUUAUAGCCAAGGUUUGUUUGACACGAAGUUUGCUGGUAAACUCCCUUCGUUUUUAAAUAAUUGGCUCCAUGAAGAUUCUUUUAUACACUUUCAGCUGAAAUAGGUCCUAAAUGCAGAUAUUCUGCAGAUUCUGUUUAUCCAAUCAAAGACUGGUUUCUUUAUUUGUGUUGUUUUUUUUGUUUUUUUACAUGUGACAAUGUAAUCCUGAAAGGGUGUUUUGGGUUUUCAGUUCAUUUUUACCUCUUCUAUACUAAUGUAUGGCAACUUUCUUCAGACUAUCUAUACUGUUUAUGUUUUCACUAUCUCACCAUUGAUACUGUUAGAGUCAGAGGAAAUUACCGUUCCUACAGCAGUUUACGGCAGUUGUGGAUGAAGCUCCAUACAAUGCAGUGUUACGUUUUACAGCUGUUAAAGCUCAAAGUUAAAAACACAAACCCGGUGUGUGUGACUGACGUGCGUGUGUUGAAUGUAUCGGUUCAUGUUGACAUCUUAAAGUGUGUUUCUUUUUUUACAUGUUGCUCUUUUAUAUUUUACUCUGGCACUGUAGGUAGUGUGUUUAUGUUUGGAAACAUAGAAAGGGUGCAGUGUGUUUACAUGCAUGCAGCACUCUGGCGGCUGUGAAUACAUAUUAUCAUAUUUAGUUUGAUUAAAGGUUUUACAGCUCAGCCCAGUUUUAUUUCUCACCAUAUCCUGAGUGUACAUGGUUUUGAAGUUUAAGUCAUUGUAUUUGUACUUACAGAAGAAUGACCAGAACUGUCUUUCCGGCUACGUUUGAGUUUAAUCAGUAAAAAAAAAGGUGUGGACGCUGAGAAAAUACGAACACAAAUACAACACUGAUGUACCUCAUAACAAGAUGUACUGUACCUCAUUACAAGAUUCAUAAUUUGUCUCUGUACUGCUGUGUCACUGUCAAAUAAAUGCAGCUCUUUUA